GGAGCCGGCGGGUGCUCCCGGGAACUCGGCCUGCGCGGCGGCGGGGCGCGGAGCCAGGCCCAGCGCGCUCGAGCUGGCCUUCUGGGGAGGGGCGGGGGGCGAGCGCGCGAGGGUCUGCCGGGCCAGGGCCCCGGGCGCUCCCUGAGGCCGGCCACGCUCCCAACCCGCCCGAAGCCCAUGCCCGGCGGCUGGCCCGUGCUGCGGCUGGAGAGGGGGCCCAGCUCUGCAUGGCCCCGGCUGCUGACAUGACUUCUUUGCCACUCGGUGUCAAAGUGGAGGACUCUGCCUUCGGGAAGCCGGCGGGGGGAGGCGCGGGCCAGGCCCCCAGCGCCGCCGCGGCUACGGCGGCCACCAUGGGCGCAGAUGAGGAGGGGGCCAAGCCCAAAGUGUCCCCUUCGCUCCUGCCCUUCAGCGUGGAGGCGCUCAUGGCCGACCACAGGAAGCCAGGGGCCAAGGAGAGUGCCCUGGCGGCCUCGGAGGGCGCGCAGGCGGCGGGCGGUUCGGCGCAGCCCCUGGGCGUCCGGCCCGGGUCGCUGUGCGCCCCAGACGCGCCCUCUUCGCCGCGGCCGCUCGGCCAUUUCUCGGUGGGAGGACUCCUCAAGCUACCAGAAGACGGACUCAUCAAAGCCGAGAGCCCCGAGAAGCCCGAGAGGACCCCGUGGAUGCAGAGCCCCCGCUUCUCCCCGCCCCCGGCCAGGCGGCUGAGCCCUCCCGCCUGCACACUGCGCAAGCACAAGACCAACCGUAAGCCGCGGACGCCCUUCACCACCGCGCAGCUACUGGCGCUGGAGCGCAAGUUCCGCCAGAAGCAGUACCUGUCCAUCGCCGAGCGCGCGGAGUUCUCCAGCUCACUCAGCCUCACCGAGACGCAGGUGAAGAUCUGGUUCCAGAACCGCCGUGCCAAGGCAAAGAGACUACAGGAGGCAGAGCUGGAGAAGCUGAAGAUGGCCGCCAAGCCCAUGCUGCCACCAGCUGCCUUCGGCCUCUCCUUCCCUCUCGGCGGCCCGGCAGCUGUAGCGGCUGCGGCGGGUGCGUCGCUCUACGGUGCCUCUGGCCCCUUCCAGCGCGCCGCGCUGCCCGUGGCGCCCGUGGGACUCUACACGGCCCAUGUAGGCUACAGCAUGUACCACCUGACAUAGAGGGUCCCAGGGCCGCCCACCUGGGGGGCAGCCAAUCCCUGCAGCUCUGGUCUUCUGAAAGCAGCAGGAGCUGUGUCCCGACGUGCUCCGCUGCGCAGCACCGCCGGCGCCUUCCCUUUGGCCCUCGCUCCGGUUUUUGCCUUGGUUGCUCCCUGAGUUCACUCUUUGAAGUCCGAUCCCCUUCCAAAAGGUGGCUGGAAGGGUCCCUUAGCACUCUUCUAGAAUCUAGAUCUACACCCUUGAGUUAAGGAUGGGGAAACUGAGGCCAGAGAGGCUAAGAGAUGUAUCCAGGGUCCCCAGCAGAAUUAGUGGUUGAACAGGACUAGAGGCCACGUCUUCUGCAUAGCUGCUGUCCUGACACCAGGUGCAAAAGUCAUAGAGAAAUUAGUGUUUGACGAUCUUGGAAAUGAGAACAGUUUUGGAGAAAGAGAAGAGCAAGCCAGGGGAGAUGGACCCCAGCUCCUUCCAUUGGAAAACUUGAGAGAAGUUCAACAGCAAAACAUUUGCUUUGGGGGGCAGGGGAUACACAGAUGCAUUGCAAAGGUAGGUUGAAGGGACCUCUCUCUUACCAGUACCAGAAAAAGAAUUGCAAAAUAAAAAAAAAUCUCUUUCUAUUUAACAGUACAUUUUCGUGGCUCUCAAGCAUCCCGUUGGAAGGGAUUGUGUGUACUAUGUAAUAUACUGUAUAUUUGAAAUUUUAUCAUCAUUUAUAUUAUAGCUAUAUUUGUUAAAUAAAUUAAUUUUAAGCUACAAAAA